AUGUCAACCGAGACACAUCCCUCGAUAGCAGUUCACCAGGGGACGGCUCCGGGGUCCUCUCGAAGCGAUAGCGUGAAUGGAGUGUCCAAUGCACUGGCCCUGAGAAGGAGAACUGUUCGGGAUUACCAGUUCGGUACCCGUAUUGGAGAGGGCUCCUAUUCCACCGUUUAUUCUGCACUUGACCUCUAUAACAACAAGACAUAUGCCAUCAAAGUACUUCUGAAGAGGCACAUUGUCAAGGAAGACAAGAUCAAGUAUGUGAAUAUCGAGAAAUCCACUUUGCAUCGCUUGGGCCAACAACAUCCUGGUAUUGUCCAACUCUAUUAUACAUUUCAGGAUGACGCUAGCCUUUUCUUCGUUUUAGAUUUUGCCGAAUAUGGCGAGUUACUAUCCAUCAUAAGUAAGUUUGGUUCGCUUUCAGAACCAGUGCUGAAAUUCUAUAUGAUACAAAUUAUUGAUGCUGUCAGAUUUAUCCAUUCCAAAGGCGUUAUUCAUAGAGACCUCAAACCAGAGAACAUCCUUGUCGGAUAUGAUUUCAACCUCAAAAUCACUGAUUUCGGUGCCGCCAAGCUUCUCGGAGAAGUUGACGAUCCUCAGGGUGAAGCAAUCAAUUAUGACUCCGUUCCCGAUAAACCGCAGAAAGACAGAAGAGGAUCUUUUGUUGGAACCGCUGAAUAUGUACCCCCUGAAUUACUUCAAUACAACGAGUGCGGUUUCGAAAGUGAUGUUUGGGCACUUGGGUGCAUUUUAUAUCAGUUCUUCAAUGGAAUACCUCCUUUCAAGGGCCCAACUGAAUAUUUGACGUUCGAAAAAAUCAUUGGUGUGGAUUAUACCUACAGAAACCCUGUUCCACAAGGAGUAAAAGAGAUUGUUGAUCAAACUCUUAUUGCCGAGGCUCAUAAAAGACUUACUAUUCCUCAGAUUCAAGCCCAAUCGUGGUUUGAUGAUGUUCCCUGGAACGAUCGAAAUUUCAUUUGGAAGAGAAAGGUUCCACGAUUUGAGCCAUAUCAGCCAGGCGUCCUGUCUAAUACUCAACUGAGCUAUACUUCUCAGCAGGCCUAUAACCCCUCUGGCAUCAAGCCCGGGUCCGCAAGAAAUCUUAAUAAGUCCUCUUCCAACUAUCAACUCCAUUCGCAAAUACUGCAAUCUCUUGAUUACAGUUUGGUGCCCACAUUGGGUGGCAAAAAGUCUUACCAGCCACCUACCAAGAUAAAGAAAGGAUUCAGUUCUGGCAACAUUCCCACUCUCGCAGGUCCGGCUACACAGAGGGUUGAAACAACUACACAAAUAUUACCGACCGAUUUAAGUACUCAUCCACCAAUUUCUGUCCAACAACCUCGCAAACUUCCACCAUUGAAGCAAAGAACUUCGCCAGAUUUGCGGAUGACCCACCAAAUGGGUAAAGCCUCCGCAGGCCUCGCCAGCUCGCCGAUGAUUCAGAAUUCUUCACCAGGUCAUAUACGCUCUAAUCGCUUGGCCAACUCAAACAUGCCUCCUUCGACAUUACCUCCUCUUGAAUCAAAAAUGGCUGAUGUCCAGAUCUCUUCUGAGAACUCCUCGCCGCGCUCACCACAGUACAAAGACUUGCGUUCUGGCACGGCUUUCGCAAAAGGCGUACUGAAGGCUGAUACAUCUAAUCCAUCAACACCUCGAAGUGCAUUUGCAUCACCAAAAUUUCCUCAAAGUAACGGAACAUCCAGCGCGGCAAUCGCUUCUGCCAAGAGCGCUGCAAGCAGCUCCGCCUAUAGAGCAGCGAGCGGUUCAAGUACGCCAAAAUUUGAGCGGGCUCCUACACCCGCCAAAUCGAGGCCAUCAUCAUCACUGAAGGAUCUUGCGCCCAACACUGUUACAUUCAAGGAGAUUUCACAAUUUUUGGAGCCUGAUGAGAAAAUCAUCAAGCUAGAUACAAUAUUAAAGCUGCAAUUAAGCAAUAGACUCAUCAACCGGACACCAGGAAGCAUCGAUGAUGAAGUGAUAGAAAAGCUAGUAGAUAGAUACCAGGAUGUGCUCACAAAAAACAUGGUACCGGUUGUUGCAUGCGUGAGCAAUAAAGCUCGCAUAUUUUUGAUCUAUGAGAAUCUUGAGGUCAUGCUGGUAGAUUUAACAGCUAAUCAAGGUGGUGACUAUCUGAUGUACGACUAUGAAUUCGAGAGCGUCUUUGUGGAGGAUGAUGAAGAAGACGCUCAAUCUCAAGGUGAAGACGUGUUCGGUUAUCUCAUCCUUGAGUUGAUCAAAGAAGGAGGAGAUCUUGUUUUCCUCAAGCGUGUAAAAAACGAAGAUAAGCCGAAGUAUGAGAAGUCCGCUAGAGUGGUCGACAAGAAAGGGGACGUCGUUCGUAUCGGAGAGAGUUUGGGGUGGAUAGAUUGCUUGAUAUGGGCGAAAGAUAUGGUGAGCGAGAAACCCAAACAACGUCACGCAGCAAAAGAUACCAAGAAGUCUUCGAAGCUGAUGGCAAAGCCUUCAGGAAAAUCAAACCCGAAAGCUCCCCCAAAACCAUCAAAGGCAAAUGGGUCAAGAACUUCUUCGUCAUCAUCAACGAACAAACCUACAUCAAAGAAGCCAGGAAAUAUAUUAGCUUAUGCUGCUGCUGCCGCCGCGGGCAAAUAG